AAUUUGCAUCGACGACCUUAUAAAAGCCUGAAUGUUCCCACCUCUUCACAAACAAAAGAUGGGUACUAGUGCUCAUUCAAUCCCGAAAGCUCUGGUGCAAUCCAUGGAGUCCCAUCAUCUCCCUUUCUCAAGUAUAUCAGAGGAUGAUGGUUUUUUAGAUUUGAAUUGUGUUAAGCAGGGAUAUUCAUAUCGUCUGAGAAAUGCUGGGCAAUUUUGGAUCCCUUUCAUGUCGUCUGUGGUGGCUUCUCUUCUGCUUCGACGUAUCUGGUCAUGGUGGACAGAUGAACUUUAUGCGUUGGAUUUGGGUGUUGUUUGCAUGGUUUCAUGCAUAAUCUUGGUUACGUUCACACAUCUGUUUCGCCUGUCGAAACAAAUCUACAUGGUGGAAGUGUCUUGCUACAGGGCUCCUGCUGCUUGGAGAGUUCCGUUUCAUCAUUUCAUAGAGCACGCUUUUCUCUGUGGCAGAUUCACAGACAAGAGCAUAGAGUUUCAGAAAAAAAUCUUAGAACGAGCAGCACUCAGUGAACAGGUGGCAGUGCCACCUCACUUACAUCUAUUGCCACCCAUACAGACAACAGACUCUGCUCGGCAAGAAGGAGAACUUGUGAUGUUCAGCUGCGUGCAAGAUCUGUUGGACAAAACUGGAAUACAUGUAACUGAAAUCGGCAUUCUGGUGGUCAAUUGUAGCGUUUUCAAUCCCAAUCCAUCUCUGUCAUCGAUGAUCGUCAACAAAUUUGGAAUGAGAGAUGAUAUAAAAACGUUCAAUCUGGGUGGCAUGGGAUGCAGUGCAAAUUUGAUCGCGGUGGAUUUGGCUAAGGACUGCCUCCUCGCCAGCAACAAGGGCACUUACGCCAUUGUCCUCAGUACAGAGAACAUAACGCAGAACUGGUAUUUUGGAAAUCAUGAGCCCAUGCUCGUCUCUAACAUUCUCUUCAGAAUGGGAUGUGGCGCUGUUCUUCUUACCAACAAGAGAUCUGAAAGGCACCGAGCUAAAUACAGGCUGAUGCACGUUCUAAGAACGCAUAGGGCAGGAGCAGGCGACAUGGCGUACCAUGCAGCCUUCCAAGAAGAAGAUCCAACAGGAAGAGUGGGUGUGUGCUUGAGUAAGCACAUUAUGGAGAUAGCUGCAGAGGCGCUCAAGACAAACAUGCGCUCUCUUGGGCCUCUGGUUCUUCCCUACCAUGUCCAGAUUCUCUAUCUCUCAUCUAGAUUUCUCUCCAAACUCUUUAAAGGCAGUAAAUCGAUGAAUAAACAGUUCAUACCAGAUUUCAGGCGCCCAUUUGAUCACAUCUGCAUUCAUUCAGGUGGUAAAGCUGUAGUCCGUGCUGUGGAAAAAGGGCUGAAUCUCAGUUCUGCUGUUACAGAGCCUUCUAAAAUGGUGCUCUACCGUUUCGGCAAUACGUCUUCUUCUUCAACAUGGUAUCAGUUUCAGUAUCUGGAGUCCAAGGGCCGAAUGAAGAAGGGCCAGAAAAUCUGGCAGAUUUGCCUUGGUAGUGGCUUCAAAUGCAACAGUGGAGUUUGGAUUGUAAAUAGAGAUAUCACUCCAUCUGGUGAUAAUGCUUGGUCUGACUGCAUUGUUGAUUAUCCUGUUGAAAUCCCUGAUUUCUGCCCUAUCUAGUUAUUAUUAUAUCUCUGUUCCUCUAUGUUGUUUGUGUUUUAGUUAUCAGUUGCCAGAGUUGGUCAAUUGUAAAAUGGAUGAUAAGAGUACUGAAUUUGACAGUCGACCGUGUCUGUCAAAGCAGUGUUUUUGUGAUAGUUGUUUUCAUUUAAAGAUGGCUUUUAAAUGUCGAAAGGUAUAUUUUAUCUAAAAUAUGUAUUUUUAAGAAUAUUAUUAUAAGAUUAUUAAUAAUUUAUCUAUUCUUUAAUUGGUC